AUGUUCUCCAUUUCGGCCAGAAAGUUCUUUCGACGUGAUGCCAACAUUCUGCGCAGAUUAAAAGCCCGCCGGCAAACUCAACGCAAACGCUGGGCAACAAGAGUACGCUUCGCCAAGGGGGACAGAGAUCUGGAGCACUUGGAUACAUUCCAUCGAGCGAUUCGGCCAUAUCUAUGCCUGGCACAGGUAUUUGGUCUCAUGCCUCUGGCUAAUAUCCGCAGCAGCGAUCCCCAGGUAUUACAAUUUCGAGUCUGCUCCGCUGGCUUCUUCUGUACUGCUUUGUUUCUACUGCUGGGCAGUUUUAAGACGUGGCACGUGGCCAUGUCACUUUUUGAGGUGGGAUUCACAGCCAAGAACAUGGUGGUGCUUAUUUUCUUUACCAGCAACAUGAUUACUUGUCUGAAUUUCGUAAGUUUUGCGCGUCGCUGGACACGCAUUAUUGUGCCCUGGACCUGUUUGGAUAUCAUGAUGUUAUUUCCACCCUAUGUGCAGUCGAAAUAUACUCUGCGCUAUAAGUUACGUAUAUUGGGAUUCUGCCUGGGCUGCCUAGCGUUAGUGGAGCAUUGUCUCUUUUACGCCUCAAGAUAUUACAACUAUCGAAUGCAUAUCCUGCACUGUCGACCCAUUGGGACACAAGCCAGCUUUGACUCUUUUAUGCAUACUGAAUUUGGGGAUAUCUUUGGAGUUGUGCACUUCAAAAUUUUCUAUGUCUUGUUCACGUUGAUAUUCACUGGAUGUUUCAAUUUCAUAUGGAACUUUAUGGAUCUGUUCAUUAUGAUGAUAAGCUUAGGACUGGCGCAACGUUUCCAACAAUUUGGAGCAAGAGUUUCAGCUCUGAUGGGUCGUUAUGUGCCGGAUGCCUUGUGGUCUGAUAUACGACAAGAUCAUAUAAGACUGUGCGAACUAAUAGAACUGGUGGAUAAUAACCUUGCCAAUAUAAUACUCGUAUCCUGUCUGAAUAAUAUGUACUUUAUUUGCAAUCAACUGCUCAGCAUAUUCACGAAGCUACGCUAUCCUAUCAACUACAUAUACUUCUGGUAUUCCCUGCUCUUUCUAUUGGGACGCACCACCAGCGUCUUUCUGUGUGCCUCCCGCAUACACGACGCCUCGUUGUUGCCCCUACAAGCGGUUCACAUGGUGCCCAGUGAGUAUUGGACGGAGGAGGUGCAACGUUUCAUGCAGCAGUUGAGCAGCGAGUUCGUCGGUCUAUCCGGACACCGUCUCUUCUAUUUGACGCGCAGAAGUUUCUUUGGCCUCAUGGCCACACUGAUUACCUAUGAGUUCAUGUUGCUGCAGUUGGAUGCGAAGAAUCGUAAAAUGGCGCUGCCCGACCUGUGCGCCUGA